UGCAGAGGAGGAUGUUACCUCUGGCUACUUGCCGCUAAGACUCCUAACAAAGAUGAGGCAGGCUCCAGCCAGAAGUGGGGGUGACGUGUCCAACUGCCUGAAGGCCACAGGGCCAUGUUGAAUAGGAGAUGAGCACGGAGACCACGUGUUAGACCCCAGGAGUUCCACGGAGACAGUGUUGCCUGGGCCUGGGAUCGAAGAUCAAGAGGGUGGCUCAGUAACACACUGGCCCGGUCACAUGACAGACCAGUCCUUGGAGUGAACUGGGAAACAAGGAGGCUGCUUUGGCGUGGAGCUGAGAACAUCUCCCGAUCUCACUGGAAGGCGGAGAGAAGCCGCCAGGGAACCCGCCACAGCCUGUGCCAGGAUGACAUUCAGGUGAACCUCUGAUACAUUUCCUGUAGCAAGAGAAGGUAGCCAACAUGAAGGAAAAUGUGGCAUCUGCAACUGUUUUCACUCUGCUGCUUUUUCUCAACACUUGUCUUCUGAAUGGACAGUCACCUCCUGGGAAACCUGAGGUCUUUAAAUGUCGUUCUCCCAAUAAGGAAACGUUCACCUGCUGGUGGAGGCCUGGAGCAGAUGGAGGACUUCCUACCAAUUAUUCACUGACUUACCACAAGGAAGGAGAGACACUGAUACAUGAAUGUCCAGACUACGUAACCGGUGGCCCCCACUCCUGCCACUUUGGCAAGCAGUACACCUCCAUGUGGAGGACAUACGUCAUCACAGUCAACGCUACUAACAAGAUGGGAAGCACUUUGUCAGAUGAACUCUACGUGGACGUGACUUACAUAGUUCAACCAGACCCUCCUCUGAAUGUGGUUGUGGAAGUAAAACAGCCAGAAGACAAAAAACCCUAUCUGUGGAUUAAAUGGUCUCCACCUACCCUGAUUGACUUAAAAACUGGUUGGUUCACGCUCCUAUAUGAAAUUCAAUUAAAACCCGAGAAUGCAGAGGAAUGGGAGACCCAUUUUGCUGGGCAGCAAACAGAGUUUAAGAUUCUCAGCCUACAUCCAGGACAGAAAUAUCUUGUCCAGGUUCGCUGCAAGCCAGACCAUGGAUACUGGAGUUCAUGGAGUCCAGAAUACUCCAUUCAGAUACCUAGUGAGUUCACCAUGAACGAUACAACCGUGUGGAUCUCUGUGGCUGUUCUUUCUGCUGUCAUCUGUUUGAUUAUUGUCUGGGCAGUGGCUUUGAAGGGCUAUAGCAUGGCGACCUGCAUCUUUCCGCCAGUUCCUGGGCCAAAAAUAAAAGGAUUUGAUGCUCAUCUGUUGGAGGAUGGUGACUUUUGGUCUGGGAUCCUCAUGACACCCAUUUCAAUAAAAGGAAAAGGACAGUAAAAUAGGAGAUAGGAAGUUUCCAGAGAUUUGGGCAUCUAAGGAUUCCAUGAAAUGCUGAGACUAACCCACUAAAUCCAAUUUUUAUUGGACAUGGUAAAUCUAAAUCUGUUCAGUGUUUUGAGUUUAUGUCUAAGAGAGGUACAUAAUUCACAACACUGUAGUGCUGGCAGCUGUUUUGUCCACACCAAUUCCUUUGAUUUAAUGCUCUGAUUUCAAUUCAGAAGGUAUUGAGACAUGCAAAGUCUCAAAAUAGGAAAAACCUAUCCUGUUUAUAAGAUGUGGUCAAUAAAUAGACCACAGAUAAUCUUAAUUAAUUAACAUUCUACUUGCUGCUGAUUAAAAAGAAAAAACUUCAGCAACUGAAGUAGGACUAUAAAAAACAAACUUUAAUAGUUAUGGUCAAAUUAUGCUUCACUUGGAUAAAACUCAAAAUGUAGUCUGAGGUUUUUUUGUGCACAUUUUGCAAAUCCUGGGGGAAACAUGUUUUUAUCAUGUUAUCUGAAAAACUAUAUGGCAAAGAUACCUCUGAAAAACAAUUUGUUUUAUAAAAUUCCUGAAAAGACAAUUUUGAAUUUUUAAAAGUAACUACCUCCCCUUUGUAUCCUAAUGUCCUUCCUUCAAAGCCGCUUAUAGUUUAGAAAUGAAAGGUGUCACGUCUCAUGCUUUGAUUGCUUUUCAGUGGAAUAUCUGAUAUAUUUGCCAAGUGGCAUUUCUGACUUUACAGUAACUGUUACAUUAUUUUGUACUAUAUUGCUUUAUGUGGUUUGAAAAUAGUAUACACCACAUUGAAAUAUGUAAUCUUCAUGUUGUGAAACUCAUCACGUAAGACAAAUGAAAAUCAUUACUUAAUAACUUACAAUCUAUUUGUAUGUAAUUUCAACAUGAUUGUGUCUAUGACUGUAAAACAAAACUGAAAAAAUAUGUAAUAUAUUUCUGUUGAAACCGUGAAUGUACUAAUUUUUUUCUCAAUCUUUGUCUAGAAGCAGGAUUCUCUGUCAUUCAUUGUACAGCUGCUCUGGGGUAUUACACAUUUAAAGUACAAUCCAACAGUUGUUUAAAAGUCAGCCUCUUGGCUCUGUUUCAUGUGACUGCUGAUGCCUCAUGAGUGUUCUUUGCAUAAUGAGGCUUGCUUUUGUGUUUUAUCAUUCAUUGUAAAUAAUUGAAGAGUCUCAUUGGAAACCAAAGCAAUCUAGAACCAGCCUGUUGGGUGACUGUGUCUUCUGUAAGCCAUAUUGAAGUGAAGCUAUAUGUAAUAGCUUAAGAUUCCAUAUUUUCAAAGCUAGCACUACCUCUGCUUUUCCUCUUUCCCUAGAAAAUGCCAAGCAAAAUUCCCCAACGCUAAGUGAGAAAUUAGAAGUCACUGUUAUAAUUAAAUUGCUGGGGUUGUUUUUGUUUUGGUUUUUUUUACACCUUCUAAUUCACCGCUUUGCAGGGUUAUGCAAGUUUCUGAAUAACCAUUCUUAUAUUUUUACAUUUUAUAAAAACUGGCUGCAAGAGGUUCCGAAAGAAUGUGUCGUAAGUCAUCAGAUUAAAAACCCACAAAACAGUAGACUGCAGAUUUUUUCCUAACUAUAAGUCACCUUAUAGUUGUCCAAAGCCGUGAUAAUGAUAUCUCUUACAAAUUGACUUCUGUAACCCCCCUAAAAAUAACUCUCUUCCUUAUUUGGUUUUAGCCAUCAAACAUGGUAUGAUAUGGGAAAAGUCAGCCAUUUACAAGGAAUAAUCUUGUUUUGAUUUUAAAAACUCAUUUAUAUAUGUAGUUAUUGUAAUGUCUGUUUUUUAGACUUAAACAAUUGUAGAAAACUACAGUCAUCUGAUUUGUUAUUUUGCAUUUUUCAUUCUGUUAAUCUUUGCUUACGGCACAUUGUGCUCUCUGUUUUCCAUGGUUUUAUUCAUUUGUCUCCUUCUAUUUUGAGGGAACAACAUGGGUAGUUAAAUCUUUGUCAAUAGUAUGGGAGAUAACACUAGCUGCUAUUAUCGUAACAUCUUCAUUUUUACUGCAUGCCAAAAACUGUGCUUGCCAAACAAAAAUCUUAGACAUCCCAAUACAAUAUGUUCAUUAUAUUCCUAUUCACAUCGUUAUUGAAAAUACCCAGCUCAAUGCCUGGCUCAAUAAAUGUUUAAUUCCCCUACCUACGCUUGCUCUAUUUUUUUUUUUAUUUGAAAUGGAGAUGAGCAAAAUAAUGUAAGCAUGGCUGAAGCAAUUUUUUGGACAUUUCUUGCUGCUAAAAGAUCUAUAAUCAGGACAUUGUUUAUGUAAGUUGGACCAAAAAAAUCUUCCUCUUUAUGUCCACCCUUCCAUAUGAUUGCAAGACAAAAUUUCCCUCCUUUACCUCAUCCCUGUAACGUGGGAGGCUGAGAAAAAUGAGGGGAGAUGGAACCAGAUACAAGGAGAUUCAAUAAGAGAAGCUUAUUUAAAUAUUGUGAAAUAAAGAAAGAGCCAAACCAUUUUUUAAACCGGGGAAUCCUUUUGAACAGUUAUUAUUUAUCCAUAUUAUUAACACCUUUUCUGACAAAAUUCUUCAGCUGAAGUGUAAGUGGAUAAUCUUUUACUUUUAAUGGAUCUAGACCUAGAAAAUGUCACUCACUGUUCAUGUUUAUACUGCAGAAUUGUGAAAUGGUGUGUGGAUUUGCUUUACAAGUUCUUCUCUGCUUCCUCUUAAUUCUCUAAUGCCAUGUCUUACAGAAGAAUGAGAAAUUUCUUUCUUACUUGAGUAUCAUGCUCUAAAAAACUUGGCUUCAGUCAAAGGAAUGCUAGCUUUCCUGUGCUUAUAUUGAAGCCAUCUGCCUUUAAUUCUUCAACCCUCUUAUAUUUUUAAGGUACAAAAUUUGAAAUCUUAGUCACUAGACACAAGAUGCAUACAAUUAAUGAUGAGCUGGAGGAGUAAUAUGUAGCUAAUUUUUCAAAAGUAUUGAAUGUACUUUCCCAACAGAAAACAGAAAUUAAAUAUUGCCGCAUUUUGCCAGAAUCCCAUCUGAAACCUUAAGCUUGUCAGAUUUCGUACAACCUACUAAUCAAGUUUUAUACAUUCGAAAUCUCCCUAGUUUUGGGGGACCUGGAAGAUGCAACUUUCAUUUCCAUAGAAAUUUGCAAAUCUUGGGGUAAGGGAGCAGUGGGGGUACUAGGGAGAAGGGUAAGAUAUAGGAUUAUUGAAAAGUCCCCAAGAGGGACCUUCCUGACCAGAAUAUGCAGAUAAUUCCUGCUGGCUUUAACUUUGAAAGUUCCUCGAAACCAUCCAGAUGAAACUGAGCCUGUUUUUUGAUAUUGUCAGAUGUAUUCUACUUUGGAGGUUCCAACGCCUAAACUGGAAUUCUUUUAUUUACACCCUCUCCACCGUUCCCCACACCACCCCUCAAUUCCUGCUGCCCCUGCUGAUGCUAAGCAUUUUUCUCUUGUUAUGAUCAGGUUCACAUUAAAACAGAUACUUACAAACUGACUUGAAGCAAAGAUACUUUUAUGAAUGUGACAAAAUAUUUUCUUGAGAAAAGGAAAGAGGACAUCAUCAGUCAAAUAAAACACCGUGUGGAUGUUGAUUGGUGAACACUGGUGUAAGAAAAGGAAGCUCAGGAAUUUUUAUUACUGUAUUUAUAAACGAGUUUGAAAGAAUUUGUAAAUGCCACUGGUACAUUUUUAAGGUGACACAUUUGCUUCUUAUAAAGUUAUUAAAAAUUACAGGGUAAGCUUAAAUGACAUUCGCCAGUAGUUUUACUUUACGUAAUCAAUACUGAUAUCGUUGCUGAACUAUGUAACUUUAUGAUGCAUUUUGCAGUCCCUUUUCAGAGAAAAUGCUUUUGCAAUGGUAGCAAUGUUCAGUUUAAAUUGACUUAAUAAAUUAUUAUCUGAGCAAUG